UAAAGAGUUCAGAAUUGUCAAUUGACAUAAGUGGGCGAGUUUUUGUCAUCGUUUUUGUUUUGCUAUACGUUUUUAAUCAUUUGUAAAUUCGGUACCUGUAUCACUAGUAGUUUUUACAUCAAUUGUGAGUUAUGAAAUUUGAUAACACCUCAAACAAUGCAUUUUUCAAUUCCUGACUUGCAACAAUUCCGAGACGACAACGGAGUUACAUAUACGGGCUAUAAUAUACACAUUGAUGGAUUUUUUCAUUGUACGGCGCGAUUUAAACAGCUACUAAGUCUUCAUGAACAACUACAAGGACAGUACCCAUACUUUAAAUUACCGCAGUUUCCACCAAAAAAGCUUUUCUUAACCAGUUCGCAAUUAGAAGAAAGAAGAAUACUUUUAGAAAAAUAUGUCCAACUCGUUGGACAGAAUCCUAUUUUAGCAAAUUCUGGAAUUUUGAUGACAUUUCUUUUAUCAGCUCAACAAGAAACUCACAAUGUCAAAGUUCAUGUGGUCGAUAUAGAAAUUUCUUUAAUGAAUGGAUACAGAAUACCGUUAUCAGUGUCAUCAACAGAUACAUCAAGUACUGUUUUAGAUAUAGCAUGUAAUUAUGUCAAUUUGCAUAAGGAUUUGACAAAAUAUUUUUCCUUAUAUCUUUUUAAUUGGAGUUGUGCAAAGGAUGGACAGCCGAGUUUGAAAAAACUUGAAGAUUUUGAAUCUCCAUAUAUAUCUCAGAAGUAUGUACGGCCUGAGGAUAAAAUUGUUUUAAGGAAAAGUUACUGGGAUCCAUGUUAUGAUCUGGAUCUUAUGCAAGACAGGGUUUCAAUAGACUUACUAUAUCUUCAAAUAAUAGAAGAUAUCGACUUGGGGUGGAUAACAGCUGACUCUGAUAGCAGAGAUUUGCUAUCGUCUCAUGAGGCAAAGAAACAAAAGAGAGAGUACAUCGAAUUAGCAAGAACUUUGAUGCAUUAUGGCCGAAUACCAGCGGGCGAGGCUUCAACUGAAGCAGUUAAUAUUGGAGAAAUGGGAGGGGCAGUUAUAAGAGUAAGAGUGUCUUUGGCUGCAAAAGAAUUGACUCUAACCAGCGUAUCACAUCCAAACCAUGAACAGAGAUACAAAGUUACUAGAAUGCGCUGUUGGAGGAUCACUACAUUACAUGCUAUGGAUGGACAAUUAAAUGGGCAUGGCUCAUUAUUGGAAGAACCUGCGAAAAAUUUUGAACUUUCGUUUGAAUAUCUCAUUAGCAAAGACAACCUUGUUUGGGUGACAUUGAAAACUGAGAAUGCAAUAUUUAUCAGUGUUUGUCUGCAGUCUAUAGUGGAUGAACUAAUGCGUCAAAAAAGCGGUUCCGGACCAACAUCGCCUCGCUGCAAACGCGCCAGCCUUACGUACUUGCGGCGAGAUGGUUCGAGUCAACUCAUCACGCCUUCCUCGUCUAGCGACACACUCAGUUCUGUUAAUGGAGACUCUUGCACAUCAGGAAGCUCCAGAGAAAUAUUCUCCGUUCAAAAAUUAACAGAAAAAUUUGCAUCAGUUGCAUUCAAAACAGGUAGAGACUGUGUUGAGAACAAUGCUUUUGAAGCAAUUGGGGAUGAAGAACUUUGAGGUUUUUAAGCAGAUCAUCCAAAGACUAACUUUUACAAACUUUGGCAAAAAAUAAUGUUAUGUAUCUCAAAUAAACAUAGUUCCAAAAUUUUAAAUUUUGUACAGAUAGUGUUUUUAUAAGAUUUAGUUAGACGGAAUUUAUAUUGAAAAAGAAAAUGGCUAUGUAAUAUCAUUAUUUCUUUGUCAUAUUUCAUCCGGCCAUUUACUUGCCAUAUUAAAAUACUUUAUCACGAAUUUAUUGUUACAUGGUUUAUAAAUUUAGAUAUAUUUAAUAUGUCUAGGAUUUUUUUAAUCAUAUAUUAUGUUUUCUGUGUAUAUUAUUGAGAUUAAAAUGACCAUUCUUAUAAAAAAAAUAAUAUAGUAUGACAGUUCAUUCAUUCAUCAUUAAUAGAAAUUUCACAUAGAAAUACAUAGAAUAAGAAAUUAUUUUAGAAGCAUAGAACAAACCAAGAAUAUAACUCAUUGUGUCAUAGUAAUACAACGAAAUUUUUUAACUAGUCAGUCUCUCUUACUAGCCUAAUUUUAAUCAGAAACUCAUUUUUGAUACAGCAGAUUAUAAUAGUUUACUAGUGUGGAUAUGUGGUUUAAUAAUAAUUCCCAAAAUAUAGGCACAAUGCUAAAAUAUAGAAUUGGAUUGGUUUUUUGUUUGAUUAAUCUUAUAUGUUUGUUUAACUUUAUUAAAUUCCUGUAGUCGGAUUAUUGAAAAAAAUAUCCUUUAUCUGUAUGAGAAUUCCAAAGGGCUUAUUUAAUUUACCAUUAUUUUAAAUGCAGUGAGCACAUUC